AUGUCCAUCGUGAUUCAAAUGCUCUCAAAGAAUAUGGGUAUCACUGACCCUAAGGAGCAAUUAAUGGCAGUUGAUCUGAGCGCCGACACAAGUCGUAGCACGAUGAAGUCAAAGAAAGGCCAGAACACCAGUGGACUAGUCAUCCUAGACACGGACAAGACUUUAUCCACUAUUAUGGCGUUAAUGGAGCCACCCAGGGAUGCUAAAAAACAGUACCAACAGCUACCAUUAGACUUUAGUAGUCAUGCUGUUCGCCCUCAUUCCAAAAAGGCAUCCCAGGAGAAUCCUACUUCUGCUCACAACCAAAUUGACGUACAACGCCACCAAAUUAUCCAUUCAAAUUCCUCCUCUUCAGCUUCCUCAGCUUUUUUAACUUCCACAUUUCUAUCGGAACCACCAGUCAUCAGGGUCAAUCUAACAGCUUCAAAGCCUUGUGACAGACUAGUAGGCUAUGGAAGUGGACCCAACUAUGUAUUUGAGACUGAAACCCUGACAGGCGUUUCGAAUACCCUACUUGAAGAAACUAACGACCUAUCUAGUCCCGAAGAUGAUGAAAAUGACAGUGGCGCUGUAGUUUUGCGCGCUAUAGCCUCUAAAGCUAGUCAUCCCAACAAUGAACAGGACUGUGAAGAUACAGAAACACCAUCAAUUUUAGAUCAAACAGACACCAUGGUUGAUGAUCUACUGCAGACUAAGUCAGAGUCGCAAGAUGAGGACAGGAAUUUAGACACCCUCCUUUCGCCGCCAUUUAGGUGGAAGACAGUUUAUGUGGCAGCAUUUGAGCUAGCCCUAGAUACUGUUCUUCCAGAAGAAGCAUUUCUUUUCACUGAUGAGGAGCACACGAUCAUUGAGACAUAUCGAGCUUUGCCAGAUGACCCAAAGCAUUUGUUUGUUCGACUAUUUCUACGGAAACAAGAGUUUUGGCAGCGACAGGACAAAUUAGAGGGCCGGUACCGGGAGAUUGAACAUCUCAAGUCUGCCGUUCAGCAGCUGGUCGUGACAGGGCUGGUGAUGGAUAAGAGCGCUAUCCAGGAUCCGGAGGACGCACUUGCCAUGCUGACCAUGGAUGAACUCAAGCUAUUAGCGCGCAGAAUUGGUAUUAUGGAGAAAAUGUCAGGGAAGCAGAGACGAGCAAUGAUCUCAACCAUCUUGGAGCACUUUCGACAGCAAGCAUUCAUCUCGAAGAGGCUGCUUUUAGCUCCAGGGGGGACGGUAAAUGGCGAUGGAGCUGGCCGUAAGACUGGCUUAGCGACACACGCUUUCUCAGGUGACGCAGCAAAGAGGAAUAAUGCACUCAUAGAUAAAAUCAUAGAUAUUUCUGGCCCUUGUAUCAAAAUAUACCCUAGCGUCAUGACCGUUUUUGAGCGUUUACACCUUGUAUUCUAUCGUGCACGAGAGUUUACAGAGAAACCAGCACUUUUAGAAGCUAUUUUGGCUAAGAUUGGCCAGCGCACCUUUCCCAGUUAUGAAAUCACGAGGACCAACACUGUGUUUCGAAAUCGAGAAGAGCUUCUGAAAUACGAGGCAGCUAUAAAACUUCACUUUGAUCUCUCAAGGCUGAUAGAAUCUGCCAUGGGGCCUGGACGCGAAUCAGUGGUGUAUGUGCGGAGCGAUGAGAGCAACGAGGCUAGCGGGCUAAAUAGUCCGCAGCCUCGCAAAGUUGUCAAGCCAAUCAGGAAGCCCACCAACGGCAUUAAUGUGAAUAGUAUUGAUGGAGAACCAGUCAGUAGGGGUAAAGAUACAGAACGGGAGCGGCGCCGUCUAGAAGUAAUUGGGAUUUAUGAGAAAGUGAUCCAGGAGGCUGAAGGGAUUAGAGGUGCAUGGAGUGAAUACGUUGCGACAGAAACGGAGAUUUCAAAAAAAAGUUCCAAUUAUUACCUUUUGCGCUUUUCCCCUGGUGAGCUAUGGUCAAAUAUCUUGAGAUUGGAGUUGCGUGCGUUUGCGUUCUUAAAGCGCUUUGAAGAAGAAUCAAUCCUGCUGCACGAACUAUUGGAUCAGCAUGUAUACUGUUUAGGACAACGAGGCGGAUGGUAUGAGCGACUAGCUCUCAUCAAAUCCAAUUAUGCUUUUCAGAAACGACUCGGAAAGAAAGAGGCGCACCAGAUCUGUAUGAUGGCGCUCCGUGACAAGCAUGUUCAUGCCGUGGAUGCUACGCUCAUCCAAGGCAGGCUAAUUCGUUUAGAGAGUGAACUGAAGAUCCCUUUCCGGGAUAGACAUGAUUUUUCGUAUCUUACUCUUCGAAAGGCACAGACACGCAUUCUUACAGGAGAGCGACUCAACACUCCAGGCACAGCAGCGCCAGGCUAUGCUUCUUCGCAUUCGUACUCGUACAUACCCAGCUCUACAGGAGAAGGAUUAUCUGGCUCCCGUAUUAUUGCACAACAGCGGCCUUUGUGGAGAAAUAUUGAUGGUUCAGAUUGCUCUGUGGAAGAGCUUGCAUUGAGUUAUUACAAGACCCUUGGAUAUAUGGGUUACCACUCAGAAAACAACAUUCUGUCUACAUUGUUUGGAUUGUUGUUUUGGGAUAUCCUCUUCUCGCCACAGCCUGGUGUAUUUGAGACCUCGUACCAAACGGAGCCGUUGGAUUUGAGAACAGAUGCCUUCUUCAUGCAAAGACAGGAGAUGAUCAUGGAGCGCCUUGAGAACAUUGCAAAAUCCAAAAUCAUAGAGGAACAACGUGUGAAUUUAGAUCAAAAUAGACAGGGGCAAAGAGGAGGACAAGGAGGUGAGGAAGAUGAGCCUCUUCUGAAUAGGCAGCAGAGACCAAAAUCAAUCCACAAAGACACAUUGGAAAGGGGCGUUAAUAAUGAAAUAUCGUUUCAUGAUACAAUCAAGCAAGAGUUUUCUGGACAGGAUGCUGGGCAUCCAUGUACGGUACAGCAGCAACAAACUGAAAAUGGGCGUGAGGAGGUCUUGGCCAAGAAGAGAAAGGAAUGUUUUUAUUUAAAUUUGAUGCAAACGCAUGAUGACUUGUAUCGUGAGAAGAAUGUUUAUUGUGUCGGUGUGAAUUGGGUCUUUACAAAGACUGAGCUGCUGGAGAUUGCUGAGUGCAUCGGUGGGACAGCUUUGUCUGAGAUUUGCAAAGUCAUGGCUCAGGAAUACAGUAAGCGCUGUUCAGGCAUGCCCGAUCUAUGUUGUUGGGACUACAAAAGGAAAUUGGUUAAGUUUGUCGAAGUUAAAGGUCCCGGCGAUCGUCUUUCGUCCAAGCAAAGAAUUUGGAUUGAUCUGUUGACGUCCCUGGGCAUUGAUACUGAGCUUUGUAUUAUACAAGUAGCAAAAGACGAGGAUGCUUUCCAAGAGGAGCGCGAAGCACUCAACUAA